GGUAAACAAAAAUGGCGACGGCUGAUUCCUAGGGUUCCUCGUAGUCAAAAUGAAUGCACCUUAGGUCAACUUCCUCUCAUCAAAGAAACACCGACCCCACCUCUGUCCCCAUCCGAGAAGUGCUCUCUUCCUCUCCGCCAUGUCUACUGAAGUCAUCAUGAAAGUGUCGUCGAGGGCGGUGCCCGUGUCGUCGAGGGCGGUGCCCGUGCGCGGGUCUGGGGACGGAAUGGAGAUGGACAAGCCCUCCGUCGCUCCGGAGAUCACCAUGGAAACGCCCCUGCUGAAGGUGGUGGCCGUCCCCAUGCCGAAACCUCAGACCCCCCAUCGUCCCUCCAGGACCGGCACCCCCAACCCCACCCCCACCCCGACGCCCACGCGCUCCCCUGCCCUCACUCCUCCUCCUCCUCCCCUGCCCCCGUUGGCACCCGCAGUGUUGCAUCUUGGGAAGGUGUGUCGUGAGGCGUGUACGGAGGUGGAGGCGGUGCGCAUCGUGGUGCCCAAAGCAGCGAUCAGCAGGUGCAGCGCCCGCACCAGACAGCAGCAGGAGGAGGGCAGGGGAGACAACGCAGGAGUGCGUAGUGAGAAGGGUUCCCCGCUCCACAGCGAUCAUGAGUCCUCCUCAUCUGACCUGCUGGAGUGGAAGAGUGCGAUGGAGAAACUGCAGAACUCAGAGAGGAGACUACUACAGGACCGAGAGGGCCUCUCCAACCAACUCAGAGUACAGACAGAGGUGAAUCGUGAGUUGAAGAAGCUGCUAGUGGCCUCGGUGGGUGAUGACCUGCAGUACCAUUUCGAGCGUCUGUCUCGGGAAAAGAAUCAGCUCCUUCUGGAGAACGAGGUUCUGGGUCGGAACCUCACACACACCGCAGAACAACUGGAACGCAUGAGCAUACAGUGUGACGUCUGGAGGAGCAAGUUCCUCGCCAGCAGGGUGAUGGCGGAGGAGUUGAAUAGCUCCCGUGCUGCUCUACAGAGACAGACCAGAGAGGCCCAGGGGGCCAUACAGGACCUGCUGAACGAGAGGGAAGAGUUCUCACAGGAGAUGCUCAACACACACAGAUCCCUGGAGCACCUGCUGGUGUCUCUGCAGUGGGGUUCUCAGCAGAAGUAUUACCCGAGUGCACAGCCCCUCAGCACGGGGGAGCUGGCCCAGGCUAACCGCAAACUCUCCUGCGCCAUCAACCGCCACCUGCUGGGGGACGUCGGUAAUGCACCCAGCAGCAGCAGCAGCAGCAACAACUGUAACGCCGCUAAGAGCCAGCAGGGGGCAGAGCUGUGCAACACACCUGCAGAGAAGAUGGCUGAGAAGGUGCUGCGUAGCCUGGACCCCAUAUCGGGGGCGGCGGUGGUGGGGGGGGAGAGCGGUGAUGCGGAGGGCUCCCCUGACUCCCCUCCCUCCUCCUUCCUCUCCGCCAAGAAGAGCAUUGGCCGCUUCCACCCCUACACACGCUACGAGAACAUCACCUUCAACUGCUGCGAACGCUGCAACGGAGACCUACUGGUGCUCUAGGGAGAUGGAGAACACACACACACACACACACACACACACACACACACACACACACACACACACACACACACCAGAAUUGCUACAGCUGCUGGUGCUCUAUGGGCGACACACACACACGGCUGCUGCAGCUGUAGGACAAGAGACUAUUGGCUGAUCUCUCUGAGAGAGGAGCUGUAUUGACUGAUGUUGAUUGGUCAGGAGGAGGUGUACUGACUGAUGUUGAUUGGUCAGGAGGAGGCGUAUUGACUGAUGUUGAUUGGUCAGGAGGAGGUGUAUUGACUGAUGUUGAUUGGUCAGGAGGAGGUUUUACAGUGUAUUAGGAAGUGCUGGGUUUUAUAACCCUUUGUUGGCAAGAGGAGAGCCAGUGGUGAAAGGUAUUACAUAGCAAAGAGAUAUAUCAGGAAUCAGGGACAAAAAAAUACUAUGUUAUGUUCAUAUAUGUAGAAUCAGGACAAUGGCAAGCCUAUGAUCUUAUUCACUGUUUGUUAAAGAAAAAAGAAAGGAAAGAAAAAAACUUGUCAGUGUUAGAGCUGGGGUGCUUUCAGUCUUACGGUGCAGUAGAUGUGUCUAUACUGUGGCGCCCGGGACUACUUUAUAAAUAAGAUGUACAUUUCUCAAAUUACUAUGUUUCAUAACGUUUUCUUACUACAAUGUAAACAUGCAUAGCAGAAUGGAGGAUGCAUAUGUCUAAUACUAGCCACCCGAUUUUAUAACCAAAGAGUGUGAAUCAAGUUGACCUAGCUGUGUGUGUGAGUGUGUGUGUGUGUGUGUGUGAGAGUGUGCGUGUGCGUGUGCGUGUGCGUGUGAGAGAGAGAGAGAGAGAGAGAUUGCUAGUGUUCAAAUUGUGCUGCUCGGGGUUAGCAGCCUAAUGUAUAGACGUGGCUUAUGUCUGCCUACGGUGUUAAUGCGAUACUGCUGUACCAUUUUCUGUUAUCUCAUUUGACAGCUCAUUUUACAGAGUUAACUGAUUGGACUUAACCUUCCCUGUACUUCCAUCCGUUUUCUCAGUCUGCCGACGCAAAUUCUACCUCCAAGUAAUGUGCAAAUAUCAUUGAAUCUUGUGCUAGUAGCUAGCUUGUCCCAUAGGAUUCAAUGGUAACUGCUAGCUUGUAACUAGACGUAGCAUCACCAGACUAAGACAACGCCUGAAAGAACAGGAGAAAUUAUUUAAUUCCAGGAGAGUGUGAAAUGAGCUAACGGUUAUCUCCAGAAAUGGCGCAGUAUUGCUUUAAGGACUAUGUCCGAAUUCAAAGUUAGCGAUGGGUAGUUUGCAAUUCAGGUUGACGAUUACUUGAAGUGAUGGCUGCAAAAUGAUCACUGUGUUGUCAGAAUAUGAUGAAAUAUGAAUUGAUUUUUAACAUGUGUAUUGUUGUAUUUAUUUUAAACAAUAAGUUGUGAAACUACAUUUCUGUCUGCUGUAUUAAGCAGUGGUAUUGGAUGCAGUGACCGCAGUAAUAUUUGACGUUGCACACCAUGGUGGUUUCUCUCUUUGCCUUUGCACUGGAUUGAAUACCAAAGUGGUCAUUCAGUUAUUCAGUUCAUGCUUUCAAUUGCUUUGCGUUGCGUUUUCAAUGAUUUAUGGUACUGUGCAAUUUAUAAAAUAGAAAUUAUUCACCAUAGGAUAGAUUUUUUUGUUUCUGUGUGAAGAUUUGUUUUUGUUACUUUGAGGAACAUCCCACUUUGAUGCUGUGUGAACUUGAUGGCAGCAAUCAAUGAGUACAAUACAACCUCAGCCUCAGCUAUCUCAAAUUCUGUUUUAAUUUAUCAUUCUUCCAUCCUUUCCUGUUUUGAGACCAAAAUAAACUGCUUGUGGUGAA